GCUUCCAGGUUGGAGUUUACUUGCCGGUUCCAGCAUUUGAGUGUGUUUUUUGGCGUUGUUUUGUUUUUGCCACUGCAUUGCUUCUUUGGUUGAAGCCCAACAGUUUGGAUCAGCUUUUUUUUGACGUUCGCGCGUUGAAGUUUUUCGUUCGCUUAAAGUGUGUUGGUGCAGUGUGAAUAGUAGUAUGCCGUGCCUCACAGUACUAUCUACGGGAAAGAAGUGAGGGCAAAGAAGGAAUAAAGAUCAUACUUACCUGUUCUUUUCCAUUCAUCUACGACACGGCUUGUACGAGUAAGAUCUCUUCGGGGCUCGGUCUCAGCCGUUAAGGUGUGUGUGGAGCGUUUUGGUUUCUUCUUGGACGGUUGUGCCUCUUGCUGUUCGAUUUCCGUCGACAGUACACAUGUAAUUAUUUAUCCAACCGAGCCGCUUAUAUGGUGAAUGUUCAAGUGAAUAACUAUCGAGUGUUUUAGAAGAUCAGAAAGCGAUUGCGUUUUAAUUGGGGCUGUUGAUCGAAGAAGGCUCGAUCGCUCAAAGGUGAUCAAACAAAAUGACAUGUGCCACGGAAUGGCCGAUACGAAGAUCAACCUGAAGCUUGAAGUGUGAUCAAUUAUUGCUGAAACUUUAAACGGGAACAAACUAUCGAAUCAACAAGUGACCCGCUUGUGUGGCGCAUGCGUUUGCGUAACUCGCCAAGGAGCAGGUUAGAUGUGGUAGAUAUGAUUUGAAUGGAGCGUGAAGCGAAACCUGAUUUUCAUUCAUAAAGAGUCGAUUCGACGAUCUACGGUGGAGAAUCGCGAGAUCGCGAGAUCGCAACGACAACACUAAAAACAGAGCCUCUCCGUCGCAUGUGACCCUAACCAAGCAACAGGCGGUUGAAAAAAAAAACAGCAAACACAAUAACCGAGUGGUUCAUUUCUAUUAUACAAUGUAUUUAGAGCUCACGGCUAAUUAGUAAUUCAAUUGCGAAGUUUUUUUUCGAGAUUGCACUGUGGUAAACGAGCUGAUAAAAGACCAAAAGACCAGUUCCCUCGUUUUGUGGUCGAGUCCAAAGCAGAGAGGAACGCCGUUUCGAAGUUUCGGAGUAGAUUAAUUAAUGCGUGACCGUGGCAGAAAUUCUUCUGCGAGUCCCAUGGAGCAGCAAUAAAGAAAAAACGGAAUUUAUAACGAAAAUAGUAGAAAACAAUAACACAAUUGAGUGUCUUUUCGGGAAACAUUUCGUGGUGUGCGCCAAUUAAGUGGGGAGGAACCAACCGUGAAAUGGAAAAUGAAACGAAGCUCGUGUUCUUGAAAUUUUGAUUGUUUUAUAUUAUAUCCCAUCAAAACGGUGACGGAUCUCUGUCACCUGUGCAGGUCCGAAAGGGGUAAUUUUUGAUUAAGAUUUGGCGCAAAAGCACACCGUGUGAGUUGGGUACUCAGUGACAACAAUCGAAAAUCGGCUCACCGUGCGUGGAUCGGUGUUUGUGUUUGUGUGUUUGUGGGUGUCUGUGUUUGGUGACCCACGAAAAGCAUGGGAAACAAGAUGGAACAGUGGCGGUGGAAACUGUUUGCGAUUUCGCUACUGAUUGUAACCGGACUUCUCGGACAGGGAGACUGCUAUCUGAAGGAUUACAUCCACAAGCAGGAGGAUAACGAAAUGAGAGUCUGCAUCGGAACGAACGGUCGCAUGUCGGUUCCGUCGAAUCGCGAGUACCACUACAAGAACCUGCGCGAUCGGUACACCAACUGUACCUACGUGGAUGGGAACCUGGAGAUCACCUGGAUCCAGAACACCUCGUACGAUCUGGGCUUCUUGCAGCACAUCCGGGAGGUAACCGGCUACGUGCUGAUCAGUCACGUGGACAUUCCGCAAGUUAUCCUACCCCGGCUGCAGAUCAUCCGUGGCCGGACGACGUUCAAGCUGAACAAGUGGGAGGAUGAGUUCGGUCUGUUUGUGUCGUUUUCACAGAUGAACACCCUGGAGAUGCCGGCACUGCGGGAUAUACUGAGUGGGUCGGCGGGAAUCUUCAACAACUACAAUCUUUGUCACGUGAAAACCAUCAACUGGGAUGAGGUUCUAUCGGACUCGAAAGCCCAGUACCGGUACACGUACAACUUCACCUCGCCCGAACGGGACUGCCCGUCGUGCCACCACAGCUGCGAAGCUGGAUGUUGGGGCGAGGGAGCUCACAACUGUCAAAAGUUUAGCAAAUUGAACUGUUCUCCUCAGUGUUCCCAGGGUCGUUGCUUCGGAUCGAAACCCCGCGAGUGCUGCCAUCUAUUCUGUGCCGGUGGCUGCACUGGUCCUACCCAAAAAGACUGCUUAGCUUGUAAGAAUUUCUAUGACGAUGGUGUAUGCAAACAGGAAUGCCCACCCAUGCAAAGAUACAACCCAACCAACUAUCUCUGGGAACCGAAUCCAGAGGGCAAGUAUGCUUACGGGGCAACGUGCGUUCGUAACUGCCCGGAACAUCUGCUCAAGGAUAACGGAGCAUGCGUACGGACCUGUCCGCCGAACAAAAUGGCCCAGAAUGGUGAGUGUGUUCCAUGCAGCGGUGCUUGCCCGAAAACCUGCCAGGGAGAAGGAAUCGUACACUCAGGAAAUAUCGAUAAGUACAAAGACUGCACCAUCAUCGAGGGAUCGUUGGAAAUCCUGGACCAGACAUUCGACGGGUAUCAGCAGGUGUUUUCGAACUUCUCCUUCGGACCGCGCUACAUCAAAAUACAUCCGGAUCGGUUGGAGGUGUUUUCCACGUUGAAAGAAAUCAGUGGAUUCAUCAACAUUCAGGGAUAUCAUCCGGACUUCAAGAAUCUUUCCUACUUCAGACAUCUGGAGGUUGUCGGUGGCCGUCAGCUAAAGGAGAAUCUGUUCGCGUCCGUGUAUAUUGUGAAGACGUCCCUUCGUUCUCUGGAGCUGAAAUCACUCAAGCGAGUCAAUUCCGGAGCCAUCGUCAUCCUGGAGAACGAUCACCUGUGCUAUGCACAGGGCAUCGACUGGUCCAAGAUCAAGAAGUCUGCUGAUCAUGAAAGUGUGAUCAUGUCCAAUCGAAACCAAACCGUUUGUCAAAAAGAAGGAAUGUUCUGCGAUGAGCAGUGCACCAGUGCUGGUUGUUGGGGAAAAGGACCGGAACAGUGUUUGGAAUGUAAAAACUUCGUCUACAAGGGCAAAUGUCUCGACAGCUGCAAGAGUCUACCGAAAAUCUAUCAAGUCAACUCCAAGACCUGCGGCGAUUGCCACCAGGAGUGUUCGGAUUCCUGUUAUGGUCCAAACGCCGACAACUGUGGAUCGUGUGUGAACGUGAAGGAUGGCAAGUUUUGCGUUUCGGAAUGCUCUGGCACCAAAUACAAUCUGAACGGAACGUGCGUUGCAUGUCACAAGACCUGUCUGGGAUGUACCGGACCGCGGGACACCAUCGCUCCGGGCGGUUGUAUCUCGUGUGAUCGGGCGAUUAUGCGUAGUGACGGAACCGUGGAACGGUGUCUGAUGAAGGAUGAACCAUGUCCAGACGGCUACUACAGCGAACGAGUCGAACAGGACGAAGGACCACUGAAGCAACUGUCCGGCAAGUCGGUUUGUCGCAAGUGUCACCCGCGCUGCAAGAAAUGCACCCAAUAUGGCUUCCACGAACAGGUCUGUCAGGAAUGUGCCAGCUACAAACGGGGCGAGCAGUGCGAAGACGAAUGUCCGAUCGAUCACUACGUCAAUGAGGAAACCCGUGAAUGUUUGCCCUGCCAUUCCGAGUGCCGGGGCUGUCGGGGAUCCGGAGAGGAUCAGUGCAAUGACUGUCGCAAUCUGAAACUGUACGACGGUGAACCGUUCGAUAACUCGACCGCAUUUAACUGUACCUCGAGUUGCCCGGCUAGUCACCCAUACAAACACUUCCCGGUGGAACCGAGCAAGACCGUACCGUACUGCUCGGCAGAUCAGGUCCAAAAUGGGUUCCGACUCGAGGCUUCCACUACGCCAAUUUAUAUGCUAGUAGCUUUGAUUAUCGUUGUUCUGUCGAUUUUGACAGUCUGUAUGCUUUUCCUGUACUGCAAACAGAAGAACAAGAAGGAAGCUGUCAAAAUGACAAUGGCUUUAGCCGGCUGUGAAGAUUCCGAGCCUCUUCGACCAACUAAUGUUGGUCCAAAUUUGACCAAACUGAGAAUCAUCAAAGAGGCAGAGAUUCGUCGGGGAGGCGUCCUAGGAAUGGGAGCUUUCGGACGUGUUUUCAAAGGUGUUUGGAUGCCAGAAGGUGAGAGUGUCAAGGUGCCAGUUGCGAUCAAGAUUCUGAUUGAAAUGUCCGGAGCCGAAUCGAGUAAGGAAUUUUUGGAUGAGGCCUAUAUUAUGGCAUCGGUCGAACAUCCGCACUUGUUGAAGCUGUUGGCUGUUUGCAUGACUUCACAGUUGAUGUUGAUAACGCAACUUAUGCCUUUGGGAUGUCUGCUCGAGUACGUCCGGAACAAUAAGGACAAAAUUGGCUCGAAGGCUUUGCUAAACUGGUCGACGCAAAUUGCUCGUGGUAUGGCUUAUCUAGAGGAACGAAGACUGGUUCAUCGGGAUCUGGCUGCUCGUAAUGUUCUGGUGCACAAUCCAUCCUGCGUGAAGAUCACUGACUUUGGUUUGGCUAAACUGUUGGAUUACGACUCGGAUGAGUACCGUGCAGCCGGAGGAAAGAUGCCCAUCAAAUGGCUUGCUCUGGAGAGUAUCCGACACCGCGUGUUCACUAGCAAGAGUGAUGUUUGGUCGUUCGGGGUUACUAUCUGGGAAUUGCUAACGUACGGAGCCAGACCAUGGGAGAAUGUAUCGGCGAAAAAUGUUCCUCAACUGAUCGAAAAUGGCGAGAGGCUUCAACAGCCUUCUGGCUGUACGCUGGAUAUCUAUUGUAUCUUGUUGGCUUGCUGGAUGGUGGAUGCCGACGCACGACCUACUUUCAAAAGUUUGGCUGAAGGAUUUGCCGAAAUGGCUAGGGAUCCAGGCCGGUACCUUAUGAUCCCAGGAGAUAAAUUUAUGAGACUGCCAUCGUACACCAAUCAGGACGAGAAGGACUUGAUUCGCACACUUGCCCCGGCAGCAGAUCUUCCGGGAACGAUCGUCGAAGCUGAAGAAUACCUUCAACCGAAGACGAGACCAGUCCUGAUGCUUCCUCCUACGUCGAUGGAAUCAAGCGAGGAGAAACCGAAAGCCAUGCGCUACAGCAAAAAUGCACUCAAACCGGACGAAGAAUCGGACAGCAAUGCCCGUGAAGUCGGUGUGGGAGGCAUUCGACUGAAUCUGCCAUUGGACGAAGAUGAUUAUCUGAUGCCAACUUGCCAAAGUCAAGCACCGUCGGUGCCCGGUUAUAUGGAUUUGAUCGGUGUUCCCGCUAGUAUUGACAAUCCAGAGUACCUGAUGGGAUCAACCGGUAGUAACGUGAGCACCGGGCUUCCAACUCCUCCGCCAGUCGGCCCGAGUGCCAGUGGCAUCUGUAUCAUCCCCUCCAGUCCUGUUACUAGUUUACCCCCAAGCAUCAACGGCACCGUUAACAUAGGCACCAGCAAUCCUAACACUACGACAAUUAAUAACAACGCAAACAACAACAAUAACAACAACAACAAUAACCCUGUGGUUAACAACGCCAACAAAGCAGAAGCUAUUCAAUUGCAGCACACUACGCUUCACGAGCCUCAUGCUGCGCCACCAACGCAAACCCUUGGGAUCCCGCUGUCUCCGACGGAAACGGAGACCACCUCCGAGCACGAGUACUACAACGAUUUACAGCGGGAAUUGCUACCAUUGCACCGAAACGAAACCACCGUGUAACGGUGAUCCGGUCUAUCCCACGCAGCGGUUCAAAUUGUACAGAACUGACUUAUCUUUUAGCGAAAUAGAUAAUCAACCAAUCAACAGAAUGCGGAUGCAUCGAACAGAGCAAAUUCCAACGAGCAUUGGCAAUUUUAAUUUACAAAAGUUCAAAUUGUGUUUCUAUCAAUAGUGCCUUCAUUACGAAAAGUUGUAGAAAUCAAAUAUGUAAGCAAUAGUGGAUAAAUCAAAUGUGCCUAUAACGAAAAAUUGGUCACUGUUCCUGGUUCCAGUAGCAGUAUUCCAUGGCAAAAUUAAGGUGACCACGUGUCAAUUGUACAUAAAUGUGAAUCGUAUAUAACAGAGAUGGUAUUUAAACUGAUAUAGCUAGCUAGUGACCGGAUAGGUAGUACUUAUUUUAUGGCUUAGUAGGCUGUUCGAAUGGUUUCGAAACGUUUCAAUUACGGGAUACGAACGGAAGAAGAAGAGUGUAAGACGAAUAUCAAUGUGAAAUUUAUUUUAAAAUCAUUUACAGCAGCUGUGUGUAGUCAGCAUUUUAGAGUUGCAUGAUCAAAAUUUUAAAGAAUGUCUUUAUUUUAUAUAUUUCAUAAAAGACCUGUGAUAUUACCUUUAAUUAAAUGUCAAAUCUUGUAUAACAUUUAUGUUUCACUGAUUACGGUUCAAAAGAAUGGCAAUAGCGAAUAGCCGUUAGGUAAUUACUCGAUUUCAAACGAAAAAAAAAACUAACAAUGACAAUGAAACAACGAAUAUUUUUAUGACCUACUUCUCAAAACAUAAUAGAAACGUAUGCCCCUUCGCCUACUUAUAUCGACUUUUGGAAUCUCUCCUCAUCAAGCAUGUAUUACCAGCAAGAUUCGUUGGAUUUUUAGUUUUCUGUUAUUAAGAACCGCGUACUAUUCAUAUGACGUAAAAAUUGUAACACUCCUGUAAAUAUGUAAGCAAAAUCGGCCUGCACAAUGUACAUAAUCAACAGCAAUUCUCUACUUAAAAACAAAACAACUGUUAGUGGUUUUUCUUUUUUCGGAAGAAGCAGUAAUAAGCAAUACUGGUCAACUCUUCUUGGAGUGGUUGAUCCGUUCCAAACAAUACAGUUGGUUGUCUAGGUUAGCAGAUUGUACAAUAAUUUUCAAAAUCUAGAUUCUAGCGAUUGUAGCGAUUAGUGAUUAACUAGAUUAAGCAUAUACACUAAAAUUGUUACGUUGUGCCAUGUUUCGUACAGGAACGAAACAAAAAAUAACUGUCUGAAACUCUGUUCAGCUGAACCGUUCGGCUGUAAGAAAUAAUUGACUUAUGAAAACAAACCAGAAGAAAGGCUAUAGAAAUCAUAACCAUAACGGAUGGCACAUUUUUUUCUGCGCAGUUAAAAUAAUGGAGAAUAAUAGCUUUGUCCUAAUAGAGUUUGAAUAAACUAGAAGUGCACGGAAACGAAUUGCCUUUCGGUCUCCGGACUAGCCGGGUACUUGCGUAGGUGAAUACCGAACGUUGAUCCUAUGGUUUAUGGACAAUUGCUUCCAGUAUAUUCAAACUCUUGCUGAACAGACCAAGUUUGUUGAUGAUUUUAAGUUAUAUGUGUAUUUUAAUGUUAGAAUAAAUGGAAAUAUUAAAAUA